AACAAAUCACAGCUGCUUGGUUAUGUUCAUUAUUUUUUCGGUUUCCUCGAUUUCACGUGAAUUUUUCAACAACAUAACGUAAAUAAAACUUAACUUCGGCAUGGGACAGGUGGUUUCCAUGGUGGCCCGCCGGCUGAAUCGCUUCAAUGUCGAGAAUCGCGCCCAUCGCAUCCUGGAGCGCGAGAAGCCCACACCGGCACCCAAAUUCGAUUCCAAUUUGAGGGACAUGGAGCGCACCUUGGAAUUGGAUCCCAAGUUCGUCGACAAACUGAAUUUGAAGGACUCCAGCUUGGAUGGGCGUUUGAAAAACGUUUAUGUAACCUCGCAGGAUCGAUUUAUCAAGCGGGUGCAGGAGCGCCAGGCAGCGGAAGCGGCGGCAGACAAGGCGGAGCAGCGACCCCUGCCCCUGGAGCGCAAAACGCCGGAUGACUUCGAGUAUGGCUACCUGGAACCCACGCGCAUCAGCGCUGGACAUUGCACACUCCGCCAGGCGCUCAAGUUCAUCAAUGACCACCAGCUGGAUCCGGAAAACUGGCCAGCCAAUAAGAUAGCCAACGAGUACAAGCUCAAGGAGCCCCUAGUUGAAAAUAUUCUACACUACUUUAAAACCUUCAAUAUGUACAUACCCGACCAGAAGUACAAGGAUACGAUGCUAACUCAAGCCACGCAGCCGCUCCUGCGGGUUAAAUCAAACUCUGAGGGCAAUCCGUAAAUAAAUCACGCUUGUUUUUUGUUUUUAACCUA